UUGUGCAAAGUAAAGCGAUUUUAACUGCACAUUCCGGUAUGUAUGGUGUAGGAUAAUGCAGGAUGAGGGAGAAUGAUGUGGGAUGAGAUAGGAUGAGUAUAAAGGAUGAGGCAGGAUGAUGUAGGAUAAGGUACUUAACGUUACAUGUGCGCACCUACCGACCUGCUACCUACCUGCAGGGUUUCACAAAUACACAUACAGAAGGUCGCUGAAGAUGAACUACGCCAGGUUUCUCAACGCCGUCAGUAAGGCGAGGGUCGCCUCACCUAUCCGAGAACUUACUGCGAUCCAACAGCAAGGACCUCCUACCCUCAUCUCCCUGGCGAGUGGAAUGCCCAAUACUGACAUGUUUCCCUUCACACAAGCCUCUGUAACUCUACCGGAUGACAGCCAGCUCCAUCUGGAUCAGAAAUUGAUCAAGAGAGCUUUGCAGUACUCUCCAUCCCCAGGGAUACCUGAGCUGGUGCAGUGGUUGAAGGGUCUCCAGGUGCAGUUACACAGUCCGCCCACCUGCCAGCUGGCUCCAGAACAGGGACAGAUGGACCUGUGUGUCACAACUGGCAGUCAGGAGGCACUGUCAAAAACAUUUGAGAUGCUGGUGACCCCCGGGGACAAUAUCUUGAUGGACCAACCCACCUACCCAGGAACCCUUGCUGCAGUCCGGCCUCUAGGUUGUAACCUGUUGCCAGUAGAGACAGACCAGCUGGGGAUGAAGCCUGGCGCCCUGAGAGGCGUCCUGUCCAGAUGGAAACCUGAGGACUGUAAGAAUCCGCAGUCUGACAUCCCCAAAGUCCUCUACACCAUUCCCAACGGUGGGAACCCCACAGGAGCUACACUGUCACUGGACAGGAGACAAGAGAUCUAUGAGAUAGCAAGGAACUAUGAUCUGAUGAUAUUGGAGGAUGAUCCGUACUAUUUCCUGCAGUUUACAAGGCCUCAUCUUCCCAGUUUCCUCUCCAUGGAUGUGGACGGCAGGGUGCUCAAGUUUGACUCCUUCUCCAAAAUCCUCUCUUCAGGCAUGAGGGUGGGUUAUGUGACUGGUCCCAAACCUGUCGUCUCAAAGAUAAUCCUGCACAUCCAAGCCUCCACCCUGCACACCAGUACUCUCACACAGAUGAUCCUGUACCUUCUGCUGGAGAAAUGGGGAGUUGAUGGUUUCCUGGAGCACUGUGACAGGGUGUCAGACUUCUACAAAGAGAGAAGGGAUCACAUGAUCAAGUCAGCUGACAGAUGGCUCACAGGCCUUGCAGAGUGGCACUGUCCGUCAGCGGGGAUGUUCCUGUGGCUCAGACUGCUGGGCAUACAGAACACACACAAACUCAUCAUGGAGAAGGCCAUGGAGAGGGAGGUUCUGUUUGUGCCUGGUAACGCCUUCUCUCUCACCCCGGGGGAGCCCAGUCCUUACGUACGGGCAGCCUUCUCGCAAGCUACUCCUGAACAGAUGGAUAAGGGUCUGGAGAGACUAGCAGGGUUACUGAGAGAAGAGCGCCAGACGUCUUGAAACUAGACCACAGAUUCUGGAGAUGUUAUCAAUAUCUCAGAUGUCUUUCAGGGUUGAUUUGGAUGAUACACUGUAAUAGAGUUAUAGUAUGGUGGAGGGUGGUAAAAUUGACACAUACAUGUAAUUGCCCCAAAUAAAAAUAUACAGGUAGUAACACUACAUGUAUCAUGGGUAAAUUAUUGGCUUUUAAUUAAGUAGUAAAAAAAACUGCAGUUGGAUUAAAUGUACGGAUUAAUGUCUUACAAUAAUUUUAUGACUAUUGUGAAUAGUAUUGUUUGACUAUUGUACAGAAAUUGAUGAUUGUGUAAUAAAAAUAGUUGACAAACUUUUCCUUUGCAAUGUGUAUUUGAUGUCAUGACUUGUAUGUAAAAUUGAUUACACCAAAUGUUAGCAAGUCGUUUUCAAGGUAUAAUUCCCAAAUAAAACGUUGGAAACGAUUUAUGA